AUGAACAACCAACAAUUUCGACGACUGGUGCUGGACACUCCGGUCGGCAGCUCUAGAGAUCAAAGAACAUCAUCCACUGGAGCAGCAUCAGGGACAUCACUGGAGCAAGAUGCAGGACUUGGCGGCGCGACGCCACGCGCAUCAGCACUGGGAUCGAGGAUGCGGUCCAGCAUCCCAAUGACGCCUCGCUCGGUCACGCACAUCGAUUUCUCCCGCCAACUCGCCGAACAGCGUCGCGAGGCGCACCAACCGCCCUCGAAACGCUUCAAGUCGUCCGCCGCGCCCAAAGGCACGAAGUUGCCUACCGGAUACCAGGAUCGGGCGGCGCUCCUGCGCCAGGUGCAGGACGAAGGGGAAACGGAUAUCGAGAAACGGAUACAGGCGUUGGAGGAGAUGGUGAAGUUGGGACAGAUAGAUCGGGCGACGUUUGAGAAGCUGCGGGUGGACCUUGGUGUGGGCGGUGAUCUACAGAGUACGCAUAUGGUCAAGGGGUUAGAUUGGGAGCUUCUAAAACGGGUCAAGGCUGGGGAGGAUGUGACGAAGACGCCAGAGAAGGCGCCCUCGCCAGCUGAAGAGGCGGAGGAGAGCGGUACAGUGGAUGUGGACGAGGAGUUUGAUCGGGUGCUGGAGAAGGGAGGCCAGGCAGUGCUGCCUUCCGCGCCACAGGAGAAGAAGGAGAAGAAGGGGACAAUGGCACCUCCGCCUGCGCCGGUGCCUGCGCAGACGAAGUCGAGGGACGAGAUUCUGCGUGAGUGGAAGGCUAACAGGGCAGCGGCGGCUGCUGCUGCUGCUGCAUCGUCGCAGCCUGCUGAGCCGGCAUUGGGUGACAAAUUCAAGAGAAUCGGUGAUACCAAGGUUGAGAAGAAGCGGUUUAUUGAGCAGGAUGAGACCGGGCGACGGAGAGAAGUGCUUCUAAUUACGGAUGCUGAAGGCAAGACGAAGAGGAAAGUUCGAUGGCUCGAUAAAUCGGGUGAGUCGGUAGUAGAAAACGGCCUACUGAUGCCUGAUAAAGACGCGAAGCCGCUUGGGAUGGAAGUCCCAGCCGAGAUUGCAGCCAAGGCAGCAGUUACUCUUCCUAAGGAGGAUGAUGAUGAUGAUAUUUUUGCAGGCGUUGGGGCCGACUACAAUCCCCUAGGCGACGACGAAGACGACGAUGCCUCGUCAUCGGAUGAGGAAGCAGCGCAGGCUCAGGCUAUAGAGAAGGCACCCAUCCGGAAGGACGAAAAGCCAAUGGUGGAACCAUCCCGACCUCGCAAUUACUUUUCGACUUCCACCACGGAUGAACCAGAAGAGGCUGAUCGCCGUGUAAAUCCCCUAACCAAGGAUCCCACUCUACUUGCAGCGUUGAAGAGAGCUGCUGCCUUGCGACAAGCAUCACCCUCGGCCGAGGCAGCUGCAGGAGAAGGAGAGGAAGACGUUGAUGCGGAGACAGUUCAACGACGCAAGAAGUUCAUUGAGGAAGCUCGACGGCAGGAAGCGCUGGACGCUAUGGAUAUGGAUUACGGAUUCGGGGGCAGUCGCAUCGAGGACGAGGAGGAUGACGAGGACGUGAUUUUCGAAGACGAGAAAAGCAAGAAGAGAAAGCGUGGUCCCAAGAAGAAGAAGGGCGAUAAGAAUAGCGCAACUGAUGUUCUGCGUGUGCUGGAAGGACGAAAGAAGGACUGA